CACUGACUGGCACUGAUAGGCGGCACUGAUUGGCAGCACUGCUAGGUGGCACUGAUUGGCAUUGAUGGGUGACACUGAAAGGCAGCUCAGAUGGGCACUGAUAUGUGGCAUUGAUGUUGCACUGAUGGGCACUGGCACGAGGCACUGAUGAGCACUGACAAAAGGCACUGAUGGACACUGACAGGUGGCACUGCUGGGGCUACACUGAUCAUCGGGGCACACUGAUCAUCAGUGCCCUGAUGAUCACUGUCAGCGUGACAGCUCGAGAGGAGAGAACUGCCGAUAACCGGCAUAUCCCUGUUUACAUGUGAUCAGCUGUG